AUGAAUGUGAAAACUGUCUUUCUGAAUGAAAAUUUAGAUGAAGAUGUCUACAUGAGUCAACCUGAAGGAUUUUUGGUUGAAGGAAAGAAAAAUAUGGUUAGUGGGAGCAAGAUCAUAUUUCUCAUUCAGUUUGUUGAUGAUAUAUUGCUAGAUACUAAUGAUCUUGGCUUAUUGUAUGAAACCAAGAAUUUUCUUUCUGAGAACUUUGAAAUGAAAGAUAUGGGUGAGACAUCCUAUACUAUCAAUGCUGCAUCCAAUAUGAAAGCUGAAUUUGUGGCAUGCUUCGAAGCAACAAUUCAGAGAUCAUGGUUGCAAAAUUUUAUUUCAGGACUUGAAAUUGUCGACAAGAUUGCCAAAUCGGAGAACAUUUACUAUGAUAACUCCGUAACAAUUAUCUUUUCUAAAAACGACAAAUAUUCCAAAGAAGCAAGGAUUUGGUAUCUUCGCUGGGCAAGCGUGUUUGUCACAAGAAGCGGCUUCUUUCUUCCCAGUGUAAGCAGGCAAAUCUUUUCGAAGAAAUCUCAUAUUUCAUCUAAACCCCCAACCUUACUGAAUGAUUUUGAGCUUAUAUUAUCUAGAAGCUUGAGAGCUCUUGUGCCCAAGGAUUCGUCCGAAAUCUUUAGCCUUCUUUGGAUUCGACGCGCCGUCGAGUCCUUAUCGGAGAUUCACACGAGCAUCAAAGCUUUAAUCGCCGAUCUUCACUUCCCCCUCUCUGAUUGGGAUAGUAGUUGGAUGAACGCCUACUUGAACGACAGCAUAAACUUACUCGAUAUUUGCAUCGCUUUAACGUCCGAGCUUUCUUGGUUCGAUCAAAUACAGCUCUUAUUACAGCAUGUUUUACACGCAUUCAACAUCCCUUCAAACAAAUUUCCCUUUUCUGACGAACUAAGAAAAGCCGUCGAAUCUCAUCAUGAGCUGACUCGCCGGUUUGAGUCAAGAAAUCCCAAGCUUGAAGAGUGCUGUAGCAUCUUACAGAAACUUGCAGAACAACUACACAUUCGAAAGGCGAGGAACUCGGCCAAAGGAAAGGUGCUAAUGAGAGCUCUUUAUGGAGUAAAAAUUGAAACUUUAUUUGUAUUCAGCAUUGUAAUAGCAGCACUAUCAGGUUCCUCCAAGCCUUUAAUGGAGCUUCAUGUUUCUGGGGACUUCUUGUGGUCUGAGGCCUUUAAUGACCUGAAAGUUACUUUAAUCCCAGAAAUCAGGGCUCGUCUUUCGACGGAAAAGGCGGUAUUUUUGAAAGAAGUGGAAGCAGUGAAGAUGUGUGGGGGGAGGUUACAUGGGCUUGUAUGCAAAAAGGAAGAAACUUUAGGGUGUCAGUGUAAUGUUAUUGAUUCUGCAGAGCUUGCAUCAAUGGAGGAGGAAUCAGGAGGAAAAAGAAUGCAGGAAUGUGUUUCAGAAUUGGCUGAAAGUGCAGAGAAGCUAUUUGAGGCUGUGGAUAUGGUUUCGAGUGGAAUUGAUGAAUUUUUCCAGAAUUUGCUGUCUGGUAGGGAUGCUUUGCUUCAGAAUCUUCAAGCGGCUUAUCAACCAGGACAGAACAUUGCUGUAGAGCAUGUGGUGAGGUGAUUGCAUUUUUAUUUGGGGGUUUUGCAUGCAAAUCAUUAAAUUUUUGUGAU